CAACAAACAAAUAGAAAAGUUGCGACAACGCGCAGAGGAGGACCGGAUCGCGCACCAAAAAACGCAACGAAAUGAAUAAGUGAAAUAACCACGACGCCCACCUACUUUCCUGCCCCCGGAGCCAGCUUCAGAAUUGCACGAUAGUCCCCAUUCUUGCGUGGCCAGCUGAGAACUAAGGCCGUCAUGGACCCAUCCACGACGGGGCAGAUAGGGCAGACGAUCUCGAAGCCCACUGCCGCAGACGAUGCAGCCAAUACACCGCCGGCGUUAGAUGCGACAAGGGCAACGAUAGCCGACCUCUCUCUCGAAGAGGAGCCAGCUUCGUCGCUCAGAAGGCGUAAGCUAACAGGAAGCGAGAGGGACGGGAAUAGCGACACCGUCACAAACCCGGACCCAGAGAGCCCGAAGCGACAGGCGCUCACGCUGCGCACGAGAGAAGAGAGCGAAAGGUCCGGCAGUAGACGAAGAACGAGAGCCGAGAUGGAUACACCCAAGAUCGUAGCGUCGAAGGGCUCUCGCAUAAGUCGAGUGCUAGAUUCGGAAGCUAGAGAGGACCAUGUGUCAGAACUAGAGCCUAGGACGGAACCCACAAACGCCCCGAAGCAGCUCCAUGAGGAGGCGAGCCAUAAAUCGGGGGAAUCCCACGGGCUAGAUCCUAAACCGAAGAAUAAGCAUGUCGUGUUCGGCGACGACGACGACGUAGACGACUUCAUCGCCAAGGCGAACCGAGAGGUAGGGAUGGCGGAAGUAAGCGGGCGUAACGAACAAGAAAGUGGUAGCGAUGACGAUGACACGCCCGAGGCGGUAUCAACGCGUGACUCUGCCCAGAAGGUGCACAGGGAUGUCCAGGAGGCGUACGAGGUAACCGAGAGAACAACUGCAUCUCUGAAACGGAAGCGUCGGGAAAGGGACAGCCUCUACAAGAAACAAGCAGAGCAACGCAAACGCACUCGCGUGACAGUGGAGGUUCAUCAGGCCAAACCGGGAAGUGCGCCGCCCGGCGAGGCAGAUCAGGAGGGCCGAAGGGGCGAGAUAGCCGAAUUUGAAAAGGGGGUAACGGGCGGAAGACGGCGGGUCGAGAAAUUCAACCUACCCACCGUGCUGCCGGCUGAGUUCCUGACAGAUUCAUCGAGCGACGACGAGGCACUGGAACGGGUAGCCAAGAAACCCAAGAAGAUCACUUUUGAGGAUGCCGCUGAGGCGCUCGGUAGUGGCGAGAGCAGCAAGAAGUUGCGGGACGAGGUCGUCGGGUCCACGAGGUACAGGGUCCUAGCGCAAGAGGGCGAUUCAAAUCUUGCUCCUCCAUCAAGAAGGGGCGCUAAGCGUCCUAAGGAGAAUCUCCUGAAGAGGACGCGUGUCGGCGUCACGCAGAAUAAGGGCUUCCUCGUCAAGCGGUAGAGACGGCCUAUUCUACUAUUCUAUGAACAACUUUCUUCGCCCCAUCCGGAUUCGAGACCUCGGCGAGAUAGAAAAUCGUAUAUAGCUGCUUUCAAGAACCGUUGACCGCGUUCGUGGAUCUAGUUCCGACAUAUAUUCAACCUAUAUAACCUAUAUAUCUUACCAUGCGAACGGGACGGGGGGGGGGGGGGGUUAAGGCGUCGGCGUAGC